CCCUAACCCAACUCCACAACCAAAGCCGUCUGUCUAGUGUUGUUUUGUGUCUCCGCCGCUGAGGCUGACGCCGAGGGCAAGGAAAGGGAAGGGGGGAUCGCCAACAUGAGCACCAUGAAGUUUUGCCGCGAGUGCAACAACAUCCUGUACCCUAAGGAGGAGAAGGAGCGGCGGCUGCUGCUCUUCGCCUGCCGCAACUGCGAGCACCAGGAGGUGUCGGAGAGCAAGUGCGUGUAUCGGAACGAGGUGGCGCACGCGGCGGGGGAGCGGACGCAGGUGCUGCAGGACGUGGCGUCGGACCCGACCCUCCCCCGCACCAAGACGGUGAGGUGCUCCGCCUGUGGCCAUGGCGAGGCCGUCUUCUUCCAGGCCACCGCCCGCGGCGAGGAGGGCAUGACCCUCUUCUUCGUCUGCUGCAACGUCUCCUGCGCCUACCGAUGGAGAGAAUAAUCUUCUCCACUCCCUAGAUUUGCCUGCGGAGUAUUAGUCAUCAUCUAAUCCUAAUCCUCCUAUCUCUAUUUCAGUAAUUAUCUUAUGUAGCCUGAAAAACAGGGUAAGACAAAUGAUCCGCCGAAUUCAUUGCGGAAUCGAUUAGGUCAAACGCCUCUGCAAAUUUGGUUUGUUCA